AGAUCGUAGUAGAAGCUUGAGUUGGCUUGUGUCCAACUCCAGUAUCAUUCAACACACUGUGACGUUGCAACGCACUUUUAAAUUUAUUCAAACUGUUCCAGGUUUUGAAGAAAGUUUUUACUGAAAAUUACUUAAAUUAUUAACAUUAAGUACAGAACUUGUACUUAUCAUCUGGCUAAAAUAUUGUGUACAAGGUGCAAGUGAUUGCUUACAACGAAACAACAAAUAAGCGGCGAUAAAAAAUUAUUAAAAUUAAUCAGCUGCAUUAGUUUUAAUAUUAAUGCAAAAGUCGUUGCAAGUGUCGGGAAUAAAAUAGUAAAGUGUGAUGAGCAUUCAGCGGUAUGACGCAACAUAAGUUCAAAUAAUCAUUGCUAUCACUACAGACUGAUUUAACUCAGUAAACCGGAUACCGUUGUCAGUACAACAUUAAAGGGAAAAUAAUAACGGUCUCUUGUCAAUACAAUUUGGUUUAAUUUCAUAGUAUUGUUAUUGUGCUGUGUUAUUAUCUAAAGUUGUUUAAAAAAAAAUAAAUAAAUAAUUAAACUUUGCCAUUAGUAAACUAGGAAUUAAAAAAUGGCCUGGCUAAAUGACAGGAUACCCAAAAGGGCAAUCCUCGGAGUUUUGAUGUUUUUAGCAUGUAUGUUCUCAUAUGUAAUUCGUACAAAUUUAUCAAUUGCUAUUGUGGCGAUGGUGUCGGUGAAAAAAGGUCGCAAAGGUCCAUUUUGUACUGAUUUAUUACUCAAUUCAACGAAACCAAAUAUACCAGACAUCGAUGAAAGAUAUCCAUGGAGUCAACAGAUUCAAGGAGUAGUUUUAUCUGCUUAUUUUGUUGGUCCUUUAUUAUCAAGUGUUCCAUCAGGAAUGUUAGCUGAAAAAUUCGGAGGUGCCCGAGUUGUUGCAUAUGCGACUUUGAUACCAGCAUUGCUGAAUCUUUUAAUGCCAGUUGCUGCCGGUUGGCAUUGGUCUGUAGUUGUUGUACUGCGAUUCUUAAUGGGUUUCUCUGGUUCUGCAGUAUAUCCAGCAUUACAUGCAAUGAUAGCACGAUGGGCUCCUCCAGUUGAAAAGGGAAGAUUUGUCUGGACAAUGCAGGGCGGCCCAUUUGGUGCAUUUGUAACAUUCACUCUCUGCUCAUUGAUAAUAAGCGCACUGGGUUGGAAAGCCGCAUUUUACAUCACAAGUGGUGGGAUGCUCGCGUUCUGGCUUCUGUGGGUUUGGCUGGCUUACGAUACACCGGACGUUCAUCCCACAAUAACAGAAAAUGAAAGAUCUUACAUUAGAGAGCAAAUAGGAACGUCUGUUAGCAAACAAAAAUUAGCGUUGCCAGUCGCUGCGAUGGCUAAAUCUCCACCAUUUUUGGUUUUACUAUGGGCACAUUUUGGCAACAUGUGGGGAAUUUAUUUCCUGUCAUCAAACGGUCCAAAGUACACCUUGGAAAUUUUAGGAUUAGACAUGAGUUCAGGUGGAUUUCUUACUGGGUUACCAUACAUCGCUCGAUUGGGUGCAGGUGCUAUGUUUGCAGCUUUUGGUGAUUUUAUAAGAAAACGUAACAUUUUGUCAGUACUGUGGAUAAGAAAAUUAUUCAUGAUAUUUUCUCACGUGGGUCCGGGAGUUUCUUUACUUAUUAUGACUUACGUUGAAUGCAAUGCUUUUGCCGCAAUUGCUAUGAUGAUAUUGGCACUGGCACUAAAUGGAGCUGCUUGUCAAACAAGUCUACAAAAUCAUCAAGACCUUGCUCCUAAUUUCGCUGGGUCACUUUAUGGAGUCAUGAAUGUCUUUGGUAGUGUACCCGGUUUUAUUAUUCCUGCUGCUGUUGGCGCGCUGACGAAUCAUCAUAAUGGUGUUGACGAAUGGCGCUGGAUGUUCUGGAUCUCUGCGAUUGUAUUUUUCUCGGCGACUGUCUUGUUCUGGAUCUUCGGAUCUGCGAGCAUUCAGCCCUGGAAUGACACCAGUAAAAUAGUCAGCUUAAAUAAUCCUGAUGAAGAGAAAAAAAUAAAUGAAGUUAAUGGUAAAGAAAUUGUUCAGAGUGAUGAGGAAGAAAAUGAACGAUUGUAAAAUUAAAUAUUCAUUUAAAUAUCACAGGUAUUAUUAUUAAUGAUGCAAAACUAUGUUUUUUUUUUUUUAACAUAAAUUUAAAAAUUUUUAAAUUUCAUUUCUAAAUUAUCCAAUAAAAAUAUCAUGUGCGCUAAUUAUUUUCAGUUUUUUUUUUUUUUAACAAUUCAUUCAAUUAUUCAAUUGAAUAAAUAAUGACAUAAAAAUUGAUUUUGAUUUUUAUAUUAAAUUAAUAACUUAAUGUUAUUAUCGGAAUUAAUUAUUAAUAGAGAUGUGCGAUUUUUAUUCAACUAAUUUUUUUAAAAUAAUUUAGAUUUUUUUUUUAAUUAUAAAAUUUACGGAUACUUUUGAUGCUGACAAAUAAUUCAAAUUUUUUUCAAUAAUUAGAAAAUUUAUAAAUAGUUAAAAAAAUGCCAAUUAUUUAAAAAUUUGAAUUUCAAACGAAACCACACUAAAAAAUUUGAGGAGUAUAUAGGUGCAAUUUUUCUGAAUAUUUUUUUUUUUAUAAUUUAUGGUUUAUAAAAAGGUUCAAAAAUUAUUAGACGUCGGCUAACUUUACCAUCAUUUUAAUAUUAAAACUCCGAUUCAAAUAAAAUUCGUAAUCACUUUGAAUUCACUCCCGAUUUUUUACAGUAAUAUUUUUCUAAACACAAAAAAUCUGUACACAAAAAAAAAAAAGAAUUUCUUGGUGCAAGAAUUCAAAAAAUUGUUUUUUUGCUUUGAGAAAAUUUUAGUUUUCAAUUUAUAAUUCAAAAAAUUUAUUGGAGGCAAUUAAAAAUUUUUGCGUCAAGAAAUCAUUUAUUUUUGUGUAACGUUGAAUGAUUUGCACAUCUCUACAUGAUAAGUAUAAACACAAUUUUUCAUUAAAAGAAAAAAAUAUUGUCAUAUUUUUACAAUAAAUAUGUGCGAGCUAUUAAUCUGUACACUGUCAGACUGCUCAGAUCUUUGUGAUUGUGAGAAAUAAAAAACAAAAAUAUCAAAGAUGAACAAAAAAACAAAUAAAUUACUUCACUAAUGAAUGUGAGCAGCUACAAUAAUUACAAUUACAAGACUGCAGUAGAUAUAAUUUAUGUUUAUUAAAAACAUGAUAUUUAACAACAACAAAAAAACUUUAAUGCCAUUUAUGUAAAUAAUAAAAUAUAUUUCACUACACUAGUUUCAGUUUAGCAAAAGUAUUGAAUCAAAAUAAUCGACACAUUUUAAGAGCAUUUAGUUGAAUAAUUUAAUUCUAUAAAUUUUUAAAAAUUAAAUAUUUUCUAAAUGAAAUUUAUUUUUAUAAUUGUGAGUAUUUAAAUUAAAUAAAUCUCAUAUAAAUAACAGAUUAUAGUUUUUUUAUGGAUGAGUGACAUAUUUUUUUAAUGAAAUUUAUGAAAUAAACAAUUAUGUGGUUGUUUGUUUACCGAAUAUACUCUAAAGUUAUAAGAUCUUAUAAAUAACUUGCAUUUAAAGUAUUAAUCACUAUGUUUAUUUAUAAGCAGAAAAUAUUGUGAAAUAAACUUAAUUUUAAUGUUAUCUUGA